AUGAGAUGCAGAGACCAAAACAUCGUCCCUAAAGGCCUUAGGAUCAGAUCCCCCAUCAACUCUCCUGCCGCCAGAGCCAUCCUUCGCACCGCCUCCCAACGCCUCAUCACGGAACGAAUCCGCCAUCAUCGCAAGAUCAAGGCCAUCUCCCUCAAAGACAUCUCUGACCACAUCAACCAGCUCAACACUACCCUCCAGCCAGACACCUUCUCCUCACUGCGCUCUGCCCAGACCCAGGCCAACAACAAACUACACACGAAGACCAAAGCCAACCACAUCGACAAGUUUCAACAACUCCUUACCGAGAAGCCCCAAACCAACACCCCUAGUCAACUUAAAAUAAAACAGCACCACUGUAAGACUGUCAUCAACCUCAGUAAAAAGCAACUUACUACAGAUCAGACCAACGUCCUGUCCAAAGGCCUGAAGUACAUCCCCACCAGACCACUACGGAACCACGAUGACUUCAUCUCCAACAUCGAGAAAGGGCUUCAGCAACUGGCACCAGGAGGUAAGGUUGACUACCUACGUCACCAGAUCUGUGACAUCCUUGGCAAAACCAAAUCACAAACCCCCAACCUCACCAGAGCUGAGACAAAAGCCUUCAAACAACUCCCUGAUGACAACACCAUCAAGAUUGCCCCUGCUGACAAGGGCAAGGCCACAGUCAUCAUGGACACUGACCACUUCCAUGAGCUAGUGAACAACAUCCUCCAAGACCCCACCACCUACUCAAAGAUCAAGAAGGACCCAACCACCAAACUCCUCCGCCAACAUAAAACCCUCCUCAAACAACUUAAAGACAACUUUGAAAUUAGCCAAGCUCUUCACCACCAACUCUCCAUCAAUCACCCCCAGCCACCCUAUGCCAGAGCCACCAUCAAAAUCCACAAGAACCCUCCUAAAGCCCGUCUUCUUGUGUGCUCCCGAGACACUGUCUUCUACAAAACGGCCCAACACCUAACCACAAUCCUUGCCCCCUUAGGAAAAACAGCCGACUCCUUCAUCUCUGACUCCACGGACUUCUGCUCCAAACUCAAGAACAUCACCAAUCCAGAUCAAAUCAUCAGUUACGAUGUAGUAGACCUCUUCACCAACGUACCCAUAGAUGACACUCUGCAAAUUCUCCGCCGUCGCAUCACUGAAACCCCUCCUGAAACCAGCUUAACCACCGAAUCCAUCAUCGCCCUCACCACCGCCUGUAUCUCCACCACAUACUUCACCUGGGGCGACGAGUAUUAUCAACAGAUACACGGCCUACCCAUGGGAUCCCCACUGUCUCCUAUCCUUACUGAAAUCUACAUGACCCACUUCGAACAGCAAGCCCUCACAACAUCACCCAUCCAACCUAUUUGCUGGUACAGGAAAGUUGACGAAACCUUUGUCAUCCUCAAACAAGACCAAGACCCAACCCUGCUACUACAACAUCUUAACCAACAACACCCCCGAGUACAGUUCACCAUCGAAACAGAAAAGGACAACCAACUACCCUUCCUAGAUGUCCUCGUUUGUAGAAACUCAGCUAACAGAAUCCAAACCAGUGUCUACCGGAAGCCCACCCACACCGACCAGUAUAUCCACUUCAACUCUAACCACCCUCUCAGAACCAAGACUGGCAUCAUCUCCACCCUUACCAAACGUGCCAUCAACCUUUCCUCUGCUGACCCCAAACCUGAGAUCGCACACCUCCGCCAAGUCUUCACCCACCUCAACAAUUAUCCGGCCAAACUAGUCGACAAAGUCAUCGCCUCUGUACUCUAUCCCACACCCAGACAUGCGGCCCUUAAACCCGAAUCAGCGCCCUUCCGUUCAUAG